UGUGUAUUUGUGAUACUUGUGUGUUUUUGUGUCCUGGUAAGUGUGUAUUUUAUGUUCAUGUGUUGGGCUGGUGGGCAGAGUCAUCAACAGAUAUGCAGCCACAUUGAGAUGACAUUUAAGAAGGGUGGGAUCUCUCAUAGUUACUGGUGAUAGGAAGGUAGAAGAAGGAGAAGGGCUUGAAUUUCAACACCACAGCAUUCUCAAAAAAUGUUCGACAGGCUAUCUGGUGCUGUGAGUGAAUCUGUGGAAAUGUAAUGGCUAUGCCUCUGUAGAGACAGCUUUAGCAGGAUAUAUUCAGGAAAACAUUUUGACACAAAACACAAGCUGGGAAAAGAAAAAGAAGUUAAGCAACCAGGAAUUGAAGAAGGAAAAUGAAUAAGUAUGAAUAUAUAAAUCCUGUGCCACCAUGUGCUCCAGGGUCACAUCUGUUACAAACAAUGUGAAGCCAUUACAGCUGAGUGUGUCCAACGGAUUCACUAAGUGCAAACAAUAUCUCCAUGUUCAUUGACUUCCAAAAGAAAUAAUAAAAAUAAGAUUUGGGUGGAAAGGAAUGCAGGAUGGAGAAUCUGAAUGGUCUGGGAAAAGACAAGGAAGGAGAGAUCCCAGAAGUGUCCAGUGAGAACUGUCAAGAGAUGACGAAUCAACUUUAUGCAGAGGAGAAAGGUGAACUAGAGAACAAGCUGGGAGCGAGAGAGAAGAAGGAACAAGGAAACCUUAAGAGAAAGAGAUCCCACUCUCGCACCUGUGGAAGGAUAGGUUUGGGGUUGAGUGAGCGUCUAUCCUUCAAUGUAUCAGGCAUGCGAUAUGAGACACAGCUACGCACGCUGGCCCAGUUCCCAAACACUCUUCUUGGAGAUCCACAACGUCGGAUGAGGUUCUACGACCCCUUCCGCAAUGAGCUCUUCCUGGACCGCAGCCCAGCAUGCUUUGAUGCUGUCCUCUACUUUUACCAAUCAGGGGGCAGGUUACGGCGCCCAGCCAACAUUCCUCUUGACAUAUUCAUGGAUGAGCUUGAGUUUUAUCAGCUUGGAGAUGAGGUCAUUACACGAUUUAAAGAGGAUGAAGGUUUCCCAAAAGAAGAGGUGUGUGCCCUACCAGAGAAUGAGCUACAGCGGCGCAUAUGGAUACUGUUUGAACAGCCAGAAUCCUCUGGAGGAGCGCGGAUCAUUGCUGUAAUUAGCGUUGUGGUGAUCAUCGUAUCAAUCCUCAUCUUCUGUCUGGAAACCCUGCCUGCUUUCAGAAAUGAGAAAAACAUGCAAGAGGGGUACUUACAUCAUCUUGUCACCAAUUCAUCAACCCCUUUGACACCUGGCCCAAGCCCACUCCAGGACCCUCUCUUCGUGGUGGAGACCACGUGUAUCUGCUGGUUCUCCCUGGAGCUGUUGUUGCGUUUCCUUUGUUCCCCCAGCAAGAUGAACUUCUUCAAGGACAUGAUGAAUGUCAUUGACCUCAUUGCGAUCCUCCCAUACUUUGUUACUCUGGGGACUGAGAUAGCUCAGGCAAAGGGAGCUACACCUACCAUGUCUCUCACAAUAAUUCGUGUUAUAAGACUUGUACGUGUUUUCCGUAUUUUCAAGCUGUCGCGCCACUCCAAGGGCCUGCAGAUCCUAGGCCAGACCCUGCGUGCAAGCAUGCGGGAGCUUGGUCUGCUCAUCUUUUUCCUUUUCAUUGGAGUCCUCCUUUUCUCUAGUGUCAUCUAUUUUGCUGAAGCUGACCACCCAGGCACAGCCUUCAUUAGUAUCCCUAAUGCAUUCUGGUGGGCAGUUGUCACCAUGACGACAGUAGGCUAUGGUGAUAUGUAUCCAGAGACUGUAAUGGGGAAGUUGGUGGGCUCCAUGUGUGCCAUUGCAGGUGUACUUACCAUCUCCCUGCCCGUACCUGUCAUCGUUGCUAAUUUCAGCUACUUUUACCACCGUGAGACAGAUCUUUCAGUCAGUACAGAACACAAACAUGUUAAGACUAGCUUGUCUGAGGAUGAUCAGUAUGCAGAAGAGGAAGAGGAGAUCUCAUCUUGGACUUUGUUGCAAGAGGACUUGAAUAGGGAACCAUAUGCAAGACGUGGGAGUGAAAUGACUCGUUAUUCCUUGAGAGAACCAGUAGUAACCCAGGUCUGAUUAACAAAGGAGACAAACACCUCUCUCGCCCACAUGUAUGUUUCUAAUUACUGCAGACAUGGUAUGGUGUACAAGUCAUAGAGACUCUAUUGAUACCGUCCAGUGGUUUGCCACUGCAGAUAAUGACAAAAAAGAAGCUUUAUAAGUUUUAUGGAUUGUACUGAUUAAUUUACAUUUUGUAUUGAACCAAAGUACCCGAGUCUGCAGGGAUAAAGGGCAGCAAAUCAUAGUUUAAAACAAACACAUUGUAAGUUGUAGCUUAAUUGAGUUGUAGGUUAAAGUGGGUUGUAAUGGAAUUUGCAUAAUUUUGUUUGUAAGCAUUAAAAUGACAAAACAAUACAUUUUGUCAUCAUUACCCUUCCCAUGCAUACCGUAAUCCUUUGUCUGAUGUAGGUUGUGGAAGUCAAGCUAGUUGGAAAAGGCUAUUUGGAGGGUUUACAGCCAUUUGAGGAGUAAGUCAAAUGAAUAUUUGAGCUUUUGGUAGCUAUCAUUAAACAUUUACCAAUCUUAUGGCGGUCUACACUACUCGUUUGGAUAGUGUCUUAGGGUUAGAGCAGCAGAGGUAUCACUGAUGUCAUCUGGCCUACAUUUCAAUGUCUUUGUGUCUUUGCAAAGCAAUUCUCUUUCAAAAGGAUAUUUGGCAAUAUAAGUAGGCUGGAUAUUGUAUAAAAAUGAUAUUUUAGGUUUGGCAGUUUUCUGUGUUAGGCUGACACAAAGAAAUAAUGAAAAGGCACAUCAGAAUAAAAUCAAAAUGAACACAAAAUAAGAUUACAAAUGUAUGGUCCAAAAGGAUCAAGUAUGUUACAUUUUUUCUUUAUUGGAAGCCUGGAUUAUUUGAAUGAUUGUCUAUUAGUUCAGUAGAGGAAUAGCUUCAUAUAUUGGUCAGUUGCUUCAUUUGUCCUCACUUUGAAAAAAGCAUAUUUUAUCACUUCUAUGGUACUACUAUAUUUCCAGAAAAGUGCUCCUUCUGAGAUGGACACUGACCUUUUUACCACAGUGAGAUAUUUGGAUUCAUAGGUCAAAGGAACUGCUAUUCUGUUGGCAAAACCAGAUCUCAAUGGAGUCUUCAUUAAUCUUCCAAACUUAACUUAACAGUGUACAACUUUAGACUUCACCAUGCACUAUUUCUCAACUUCUGUACAACGUUCUACUGUAGGACAGGCUCUAAGCCCUUCUAACACAAAGGGACUGAGUAAAAACAGGACACAUCUGAUUAAAUUGUUAGUGGUACCAUUUUAUUGGGACUAGCACAAUAAAUACUUGGAAAAUUACAAUAAAAAAAACAAAAAUAAAC